AUGCAAUAAAUAUUUCCACAAACUUCCAAUGCAACUAGAUGGAAACAACAUGGAAUUACGGUAGCUGGAGGAAAUGGACCAGGCAAGGAAAAAAAUCAACUUCACGAACCACUUGGUUUGUGUAUUAAUCAUGACAAUGAAACUAUCUACAUUGCGGAUGCUCGAAAUCAUCGUAUUACAGAAUGGAAACGUGGUGCGACGACUGGUCGAGUUGUGGCCGGUGGGAACGGACAAGGAAAUCGACCUGAUCAAUUGAAUCGGCCGACAGAUGUAAUUUUUGAUAAAGGAACAGAUAGUGUCAUCAUUUGUGAUUAUGGAAAUAGAAGAGUAGUUCAAUGGUCUCUUCAUAGCGAUAAACAAGGAGAAACAAUCGUUUCAAAUGUAGGAUGUGUAAAACUAGCAAUGGACUAUGAUGGAUGUAUUUACAUCGUUGAUGAAGAUAACCACGAAGUGAAACAAUAUCGAAUGGGAGAAAAUGUCGGAAGAGUUGUAGCAGGUGGAAACGGCCGAGGGAAUGGUCUCAAUCAACUGAAUUAUCCGUCACAUAUAUUUGUCGAUCGAGAUCAUUCAGUCUAUGUAUCAGAUGGAGCUAAUCGUCGUGUAAUGAAAUGGAUGGAAGGUGUGAAAGAAGGCAUUAUUAUCACUUGUGCUCAAAUUCAUGAAAACAGUCUUACACAAUUAUUACAUCCGCAAGGGAUUUUCGUCGAUAAUUCAGGUUUUGUUUAUGUGGCUGAUCAAUGGAACCAUCGAAUAAUGCUCUACGUUGAAGAAGAUAAAAAGGGAAAUGUGAUUAUUGGUAAAUACGGCCAAGGAAGUCAAUCAAAUCAACUCUCCCAUCCCGUUGGUUUAUCAUUUGAUCGAGAGGGUAAUUUGUACGUGAGUGACUGGAGAAAUGCUCGAGUACAAAAGUUUUUAAUAGAGAAGAUGCAAAGUGACUGA